UGCGAGCGGCUUGCCACCCGAUUUAGAGCGAUAACCGCCGAGGCAAGGUCGCAGUUUGGGUUUUAUGCAUUGCAUUUAUUUUUUGGUGCGGUUGUGUUGGCGUGUUUGGGUGUGCAGAAAAAAAAUCGAGGUUUCAGUGUGGGCGUAUGAAUACAUCUUGAGCCACCCAUCUCCAACCGAGGGGACCAAAUACACCUUUUCGGUUCCUCCUGGCAUUUUUUAAAUCUUUUUUUUUAGUAAAUCCGCUUACAACCGUCGCUUGUUGAAUUUUUUCCUCUUAAAAUUAUAUUUUUCCGACCUUUGUGGCAAGUGCCGAUGGAAAUUUCAAGACGCGACUGAACAAUGGCCACCAAAUGACAAUAUCCCGAAAAUGGUCGUGCACUCGUGACCCAUUCGGCGCAUAAAUACAAAUUAAAAUCACGUUUAUGCAUUCGAUUUGUGGGUUUUCAUGAGCCCAUUCCACGGCCAUCGCGAGGCCGAUGUGGAAAUUUCGUGGGGCGAACGCGUGUUGGCAAGUUUCCGAGUUUGCAGGGGACAGCAAAAUGACCGACCCGGGGGCCACCUUUUGUGGAUAAACGUAAAUGACAUAAAAUAGCAUCGUGCCAUGUCCACGAUUUUUAACGAACAAAAAUGUUGCCGGUGGGAUCGGGGGACAAUGCAGCAUUUUGGUGUGGGCGCGUAUUUGAUAUGACAUCGCCUUUAUUAUUUCGUCACAAUUUCAGAAAAUAUUGACCCGUCCCAUGGACAACUUGGCAAAAGGUAUAAAUUGUCUAAAGCCAAGGUCGAAACGCGGAAUUUUGACCCUCCGCGGCAGUCCGUAGCGUUCUCGCCCCACUGAAAAACAACACAAAUGUACCGAUUGGACGCCGCCGAUCGAAAACGACCGACGUUUCUGGCGACAAACAAAAGGGGGAGCCUACGGUGGCCAUCUUGGGUAAGGGAGAAGUCUGCAGGUUAAACAUCAUCGACGUGAGUGGGUAGGCGACGGUUGGUUGGGGGGUGUAGGAGGGCUGCGACUCUCAAUACAAACCAAUGGGAUCUAUCCCUACGUAAAAUGGCCGCCACGCAACGGCCAACAACGUCGUCGCGUCAGGAGACUCCGUGUUUGUGUUGUGUGGUUAUUUUAAAAUAGGGCGCCGACGUUAACAGCUGGUGGUGGAGGCCGCGCGUUGUCUCGCACGCGUGUCCCGACGAUUAAUUAGCGUUAAUUGCCAAUCGCUCUGUUGAGGUUUACCUUCAUUGGAGGGGAGGGAAGGGGGCCGCUUCGAGAUCUGCAUUAGCCACUGAACGUUUCGUUUUGAAAGAGUGAAAGACAAAUUUAGCCGCCGAAAUAGUUGUAACGCAAACACGCCCGGAGCUCGUUAAGGCGCCAAUUGUGGCGGGAUUUCUUCGCGCCCACGGUCGCAGUCGUAACGCGGUGAUCGGCCAUCCGCCGGCAGCAGAGAAUGGCUUCGGCAAGUUCAAGUAGGGUGAGGUCUUCCCCAGACAAGGCUACCAAGUGGUCCCCGGCGGCAGGCGGAUGGCGCAGUGCGGGCAGUUUGCGCGAGUCGCCGCCCAUUCCUCCAAUCAACGAGCGGCUGGCGUUCCUGCGUCCGUCCCGCGAGCUGCUCGAGUACUACCGCAAGAAGAUCGCCGAGUUUGAUGGCGAGCAUGAGGACAUGCUGAAGCGGCUUGACGCCUACAAGGGGACCUACGAAGAGCAGCACAAGCUGCAGUGGGAGAUGCGGCAGCGCGAGGAAGAGAUUGGCGAGCUGCAGAAGGCGCUGAGCGACAUGCAGGUUUACCUCUUCCAGGAGCGAGAGCAUGUGCUUCGGCUCUACUCCGAGAACGACCGCCUCAAAAUACGCGAGUUGGAAGAUCGUAAAAAAAUCCAGCAUCUUCUCGCCCUGGUGGGUCCUGAUACAGGGGAGGUCACCUACUUCUACAAAGAGCCUCCUCACAAGGUUAUUAUCCCACAAAAAUCAACCAAAUCGAGUCAACUACUCAGUGCCAAGGAAAACCGACCUCAGGGCAAAUCAGGAACUAAAAGGCCAAGUGGAAAACCAACGAACGGUGCAGACAGUCCAACAACACCUGAGCGCUACCAAAGAGACAAGCAGAUGCUCGUUCUGCAGAUGAAAGCGCUUCAGGCUCAGCUGGAGGAACAGACGAAGCUUGCCAAGGAGCAGGUGGAGUCUCUCCUGGAGGAUCGUCGAAUUCGCGUGGAGGAGAUGCAAGUCCAGCAACGCCGCGAUCAGGAAAAGAUCAACGCCCUGACAGAAAAGCUACAAGAGACACACUCGCUGCUGUACGAGAGCACGCGGGACUUCCUGCAGUUGAAGUACGAGGGACGAGCCAACGAGAAGCGCUGGAUGGCGGAGAAGGACCAGCUGCUGCAGGAGCUCGACGCGUGCCGGGACCGUCUGUCCCGUGGCCAGGGCACCGAAGAGGAUGGGCCUCCCGACAUCUUCACUCCCCCGUCUGAGCGGCAGCGGAGGGCACAGCAGGGCGAGGAGUUUAAGGGCCUGCAAGAGGAGUUGAAGCAAGCGCACCGGCUGGCUGAGAUGUUCCGUGAGCAGUGCGUCUCCCUGGAAGAUGAGCUGUCGCGCAUCCGCGAAGAGGGAGAUGUCGGCAAGGAAAUAUUCAAGGAUCGCUCCGACAAGAUGGCGAAGCGGCUGCGCAUGGUGACGCAGCGCUACGAGGCGCUGGAGAAGAGGAGGGCGAUGGAGGUGGAAGGUUUCAAAAAUGACAUCAAGCUGCUUCGGCAGCGUCUCAAGGACGUGGAGAAGCAGCUCUUCAGGGUUACCCUGGGUGUCGGACCCAAUCAGGACCUGGCUAUCCUGCACGAGGUGAGGGAUUCCAACACUCGCACGCGCAAGAUUCAGGGGGAGCUUCACCGGUUGAAGGCGAAGAUUUACGGCCUGGAGGGCGACCUACGGCACGUGUGAUCCAUCACUGUCGUCGUGUGCGCGUUCGUUAGGGGUGCCAUGGUGGCGAGAUGUUAACUACCUCGCCCUAGUAUACAGGAGGUCGUGGGUUUGAUCCCGACCCUGACGCCUACUGUAUAUAUUUCAAGUUGGUAUGUU